AUGCCAUUUUGUGGUGGUAGGGUUGGAUUUCUUGGACAGAAAUAUGCUGCUGACUUGGUUCUUGAAUUCAUUUUGCAAUGGAUUUUUCAGGGGGGGCAGAAUCUUUUACCAAAGGAAAGGAGUAUAGAUUGGGUUGGAGUUCUUAUGAACAGCAGCUUUGGUUAUUGUGAUUAUCACCAUGAUCUUCGAUCUAAUGAAAAGAAUGUGUUCUGCGUAGACUGUGCACUUAGGAUGUGUAGGCACUGUAAGGAAGCUCAUUCCCUACAUAGAAGGUUUCAGAUUUACAAAUAUUCCUAUCAGGAUGUCUUCCGUCAUGCUGAGCUGCAGAAGUAUUUUGAUUGCUCAAAAAUUCAGACUUACAUAUCCAAUAAUGAAAGGAUUGUGCACCUCAAACCUCGCCCUUCAAUCAACAAAUCUAAAUCUGCUGAUCUAAGCCCCGAGUCUAAAUCCAAAGAGCCCAGCAUAAGACCAAAGUCAGGUGGCAAGUGUGAAGAAUGUGGAAAACACUUGCAAGAUGAGCGUAACCGCUUCUGCUCCAUUACAUGCAAGAUCGCAGUGCUUCCAGCGGAGACUCAAAACCAAAAUGCUAGAGGCAUGAUCACUCCAAAAUCUGAAGGCAUUGACUUUACAAUGAAUGAUAACCAUAAUUCAGAACCUGAGUCAUCUAUCUCCGAAGCUGAGCCAUAUGGGUGGGUUGAAGUUGUGAAUUUCAGAAAGCGCCCAAGGAAAAGUACCCCUCAGAGGCCUGUAUUUGUUUUCACUUCUUAG